AUGUAUAAAAGAAUUAACGACAGGUUAAUGCUUUUGUAUAUAGCUUUAAUAGUAUUGGCUUUAGUUGGAUAGGGGAAUUGCUUUUCUUUACAAGAGCCUACUUAAUUUUUAAAAUAAAAAUUAGAUUCAAAAAUAGAUAUAAAUCCUUAUUUCCUUGAUAUAUUCGAGAAAUAGCAAUAAAAUAAUGAAUAUAUUUGCUCAUACAAGGAAGGACCUUACUGCUCUUUACUUUCUAAUGCCACUCAUGAUAUUGUUGAAGAUAACUUUUACUCUAAAAAUAUGAGAAACUUCUUAAAAUAAUAGAUGUAUGAAUUACACAGAUAAAUUGAAAGUUUUCAGAUAAAAUAAACGAAUUUUCUACCUUCUUAAUAUUAUUUAGAUAAGAGCAGAGCUCUUUUAGAUGAAGAAUUAUUCUAUAAACCUGUAGAAAAAGAUUUCCCAUACAAAUUGCUAGCUGAUUUUAAUAUACUUGAGGCAAUUGAAUCUCAAUAAAAUUAAGAGUUGAAAGCAUUUUAUACAAUUAAUCUUAAUUCAGGACAACAAAUCGUAUCUACUACGAGAUAGCAAAGUAGCGAAUAUCUGUAGCUUUAAUUCACUGAUUUCUACUUCUUUUAUCCGAAAAAGUAAACAGCAAAUACUUAAACUUAAUAUUUAGAUAGAUUGGAUUAGUUAAUUUCUGUCCCAAGCGAUGCAUAUAUUUUAACAAACGAAAAACCUGGAAAGAUAGAAUUUAACUUAAAAGUUAAAAUAAUUAGCUUUUACGCUAAAAUAAACCCUGCUUAUACAAAAUAUGAGAAACUUACAGCUUAAAUGAAAGGUUAUGACUUUAUUAAGAAAGAGAAUUUUUCAGUCACUUUGUCAGCACUUCAGAACUAGUUUAAGUUAUAUAAAGUAGAAGCUAAUCAUAAAGUUAACUCUAUCAGCUUCUCGCCUUAUGUUAUAAUAGAUAAUAUUGUAGUACACAUUGACAAAUCUGAUGUAGCUGAUGCAAAUAAAUAUCCAGCAAUCGACGUAAAUAAUAGUUCAAGAGAAAUGAAAGAUAUAAUUGAGUCUUUUGAUAAGGAAAUAUUUGUUUAUACUAAUUAGAAGUCCUCAAGCAAAGGGCUUUCAAAUGAUCAUCAGUUAAAAAAAGGAGUUAGACUAACAAGAGAAGAAAGAAAAAAGUAGUAAAAAGAAACUAUUUAAAAAAUAAAGGAAUAGAUUCCUAAUUAAAUAUAAGAAAAAUUAUAUAAAUAAGUUGAGUAAUAGCCGCUUUUUGAUGAAAGAAAAAUAAUAGAUGAAUUGCAACAAAUUUUAAAAAAAUAUACAGAUGCUUAAGAUGUUUUAACAAAAUAAAAGAUUAAUAAUAAGCAAAAGUAAAAAAAACAAGAUGAAGAAAAUACAAUUAAUGAGUUGAGUGAAAGCAAUUAAAAUCAAUUUGAUCAGUAAGCAGAAAAAAGUGAUUUAGAUAAGGCUAAUAAAUAAAAUCAAUCUGAUCAAAAAUCAGGAAAACAAUUUAAUGAAAAGUCAAAGUAAUAAAAAGCAACAAAAAAUAAAGAUUAAUCUAGUACAGAAUCAAAUAAUUAGAAGUAAACAAAUGGAAAUAAAUAUGAUAAAAAGUUAUUAAACAACUUUAGCGAGGAAUUACUUGAUUUAUAUUACGAUGCAAAUUUGAAAGUUUAUGAAGGUUUGAGAACUAAGUAACCUUCUGUUUUUGGAAAACUCAGUAACUAAUAAAUAGAAUAAAAAAUUCAAGGCGGAUAAUAUAAUGAUCUAUUACUUGAAGUGAUUGAAGAAAGUUUGCCUAACAUAGAAAAUGAAGUAAAUAGUAAAUUAUCAAAUAUGAAGUAAACUGAAUAAGAUAAAAAACAAGAAAAUGAUACAUUUGAAACAAUUUAGAAAAUGUAUGAUAGUUUCAGAAAAAAAUAACCUUCUGUUUUUGGAUAACUUAGUGACGAGUAAAUCCAAUAAAAACUUGAAGAAGGAGGAUAUGAAGAACUAAUACUUGACCACAUUAAGGAAGGUUUGGAUGACAUUUUAUUUAGUAAAUAAAUAGAUAAUAGUAGUUCUUCUUCUUAAAAAAUCCAAGAUGAUAAAAGCGAAAAAAAUUAUUUCAAGGAAGCACUUGAUAUAGUUUAAGAAAGUACUUAGAAAAUAUAUGAUAGCUUAAGAAAAAAAUAACCUUCUGUUUUUGGUAAACUUACUAACAAGUAAAUCGAUUAAAAAAUUUUAGAAGGAGGAUAUGAUGAACUAUUAAGAGAAAUAGUUCAAGAAAAUUAAGAACAAUUAGAUACAAAAACACUACUAAUUAUUUUCUCUUAUUAAAAUUAAAAGUAUUUCAAGGAAUCAGUUGAUAAAUUUUAAGAAAGUGCUUCGAAAAUAUAUGAUAACUUGAGAAAAAAAGAUCCUUCUGUUUUUGGAAAACUUACUAACUUGUAAAUAGUUUAAAAAAUGAAAGAAGGAGGAUAUGAUGAACUAUUAAGAGAAAUAGCUAAAGAAAAUUUGCAAGAUAUUGCAAAUGAAGAAUCAAAUAAAGCAGCUAAUAAGUAAAAGCGAACAGCUGCUUAAGACAGUUCUACUUCUUAAAAAAUACAAGAUGAUCAAAGUGAAAAAAAUGUAAAAUAAUCUCAAAAAUAAAAUAAUAUGAAGUAAACUUAAAAAGAUAAAGAACAAGAAAAAGAUUUAUUCAAUGGUUUAUAUAAUUUGAUUGAAGAAAAUACUUAGAAAAUAUAUGAUAGCUUUAGAAAAAAAUUACCUUCUGUUUUUGGAGAACUUAGUAACUUGUAAAUCGAAAAAAAAAUUUAUGAAGGAGGAUAUGAGGAACUAUUACGAGAAACAACUAAAGAAAUUUUGCAAGAACUUGAAGAUUAAGUAGCUAAUAUGUAAAAGCGAACAUCUGCUUAACAAAGGGCUUCUUCAUAAAAAUUACGAGAUGAUCAAAGCAAACAAAAUUUAAAAUAAUCUCAAAAAGAAAAUAAUAUGAAGUAAACUUAAAAAGAUAAAGAACAAGAAAAUUUUACCAAGGAUAUAUUUGAUAUAGUUUAAUCAAGAUAUUUGUAAGUGUAUGAUGCUUUGAGAAAAAAAAAACCUUCAGUAUUUGGAAAUCUUAGUAAUAUGUAAAUCUAAUAAAAACUUUAAGAAGAACAAUAUAAGGAAUUAUUAAAUGAAGUUUUUGAUGAAACUUACCGUGAAAAUCAAAAUAAAGAAUAAAAUAAAUUAUCUAAUAAGUAAAAGUGA